AUGGUGAACAACGGGACCAAUCAUUACGAUCACGACAGGGAUGGCACUCAUUCAGAAUUGGCCGGAUGUGAGUCUAAGUUCAGAGGCAUAGAUCACGACACACUUCUGGCCAUCAGAUACGAGAACGAUGUGCUGACUGUCAACACCAAUAUCGACGGCACGGGUGAAUGGAAGGAAUGCUUUACUGUGAAAGGGGUUCGUUUGCCCACCGGUUACUACUUCGGUGUGACGGCCGCCACCGGAGACCUGAGUGACAAUCACGACCUCAUCUCAAUCAAGUCAUACGAACUCGAAGUGCCGCUCGUUUUGAAUAAUCCGCUCGAAGACAGGUCUAAGAUAGUUCCGUCCGCCUCUAUCUUCGCACCGCCGCGAGACCACACCCCAGACCCGCCCCCACCCAUGUCUGGCUUCAAACUGUUUCUCAUAAUACUUUGUGCCAUAAUUGGAGUCAUAGUCUGUGUUGUCGUCGGAAUUAUGGUCUUCCAGAAGAAUCAACAGAACUCUCGAAAGAGGUUUUACUAA